AGGUAGAACUUUUUUUUUUUGUAGACUUGUAGUUGUUCGUCAAGAUGGUGUUCAAGGCGGGAAUUUUGUUAAUGACGCUUCUAGUUGGAAGCUUGGCUUUGCCCUUAAAUGAGGAACAAGACAAUUCUAUUUUCUUUGAAAAUACCAUCGUGAAUCCUUUAAUAAUUGGCGGAGUUGCUUCCCCAAUCGUCCCUCACAUGGUGGCUUUGAGCAGUGGUGUCAUGGUAAGGAGUUUCUUCUGUGGAGCCUCUUUGAUCAGUGACAAGCAUGUCCUAACUGCUGCUCACUGCAUCAGGAGCGUCUUGAGUGGUGGCUCUGUGACGAGCUCUGUUCGGGGUAAGAUCGGCAGCGUCUCCCAAUCUUUUGGUGGGUCUGAUUACUCCUUUUCGCAAGGUGCUAUCCAUCCUGAUUACAAUAAUAAUUUGAUCAAAAAUGAUAUUGGAUAUUUGAUAACCUCCUCUCCUGUAGUUUUUGGUAACAAUGUAAAGCCAGUUGCAUUAAGUUUCGAUUUCGUCGGAGGAGAUGUUCCUACCAUAGUCAACGGCUGGGGAAGGACCGUAGUGGGCGGACCAGCGUCUUCAGUAUUGAGGGAACUUCGUCCAAUCACUGUUGAUGGCGAACAAUGCGUAAAAGAUGUAGCUCGGAGAGGUCAGGAGCUUAACAGGCCCAAUACACCACCUGUAGAUCCUGAGGUCGAAGUCUGCACGUACCUUGGAGCCAAUAGCGGCAUGUGUCAUGGUGACUCCGGUAGUGCUCUCGUGGAUCUCAGAAACAAUAAGCAGAUCGGUAUAGUAUCCUGGGGUCUGCCGUGUGCUCGUGGAGCUCCGGACAUGUUCGCGAGAGUCAGCGCCUACCAGUCAUGGUUGCAACAGAUCUUGAAUUAAGCUUUAUUCGAGUAAAAUAAUAAUCAAAACAUAUUGUAUGACCAAAUCUCUUUUUUUCUUCGAAACAAAAAAAAACACUCAUGUUUAUUUAUUUAUCCUCAGUGUAUUCUGAAACCAUGAAUCAGAUUGUUAUAAAAUCUAGGUCACAUGUGAUAAGGCCAAACUCAGGUUUUCCUUACCCAAACAAUAAACAAUAAAUGUUCUUAAAUUUAA